UUUUUUUUUUUUUUUUCCUGCCCCCCCCCCCACGAGCUGCUGUCAAUCCAAGCCAUUGGCAUUGUAGUUUGUUUUUUUUUUUCUUUUUUUGAAUUAAAACCAACAUACCAGCAAUAGUCUGCUCUCCCCUUGGAAUCUCUUAACAUGCUCUGUUUACAUUGAUAAAUGCACUUAAGGAAAACAGACAGAUUAAAGUUCAUUUUAAAGUUAACAGAUUUUUCGGUCCACAUUUUCCAUGUAGGUACACACAUGUGGCCAGAUGUUGGGCAGCAAAUUCACACAAGAUGCCUGCUGUUUAAAACAUAGCCCAGGCCAGCAGGGGGCCUCAGGUCUGGCCAAGGUUAAAGUAGAGGUGACAGUCACCCCAAGCUCUGAGGAAGUGACACCAUCAUCACAAGGCUGACUUGGGAAAGCAGGUGUCCCAACCUCACCCCCUCCCCCAAUGCACACACACAGCACAGGAAAACAAGGUGUCUGUCCUCAGCAUUCACUUUGUACAUCACACCCUCGGCUGAACCCACUGGGUCAAACUUGGUGCCCAUCAUGCCACCAAGAUUCUCCCCCAGAUCCUACUUCAGACCCUCCAGCACAACCUUGGACUGAGCCUCAGUUCCCUCAUCAGUGUCUUGUUAAAUGGGUGCAAUGGUAGUUCCUACCUCAGGGUAGCUAUGAAGAACUGGUGAGGUGGUGCAUCCAAGGCCUUGUAGCCUCCAUCAGCAUCAUUCUUGUGCUGAAAGAGAAAAACCCACCUUUCUUUUUACUACUUGACUGUAAUGGGGAACAGGUCAUCCAGAUAGCUUACAGCUUUGAGCUGUAUUUGCCCCCAUAAUGCCCCAAACUUCUGCCAGUCACCCACAUCCAGGUCAGGGGGAGUCCUUAAACUCCUUGGUCCCACCUUGUACCCAGCCUCUUGCUCAGAGUCGUAACUUUUUCUUAUUUCUAAGGACUUUGGUGGGCAAGGGGCUCCUCGGCUACCAUCCCCUUGUCUUGAGACAGAUGACACCAUAGCUCUUUCUAAUAACAGCUUUAAUGAGAUGCCGUUCACACACCAUACAAUUCACAAACCAAAGUGUGCAGUUUGGUAGUUUUUAAUACAUUCACAGCGUUGUGCAGCUGUCACCACAGUCAAUUUUAGAACGUCUUUAUCAUCCAGUACCCAUUCGCCAUUGCUCCCUCUUCCCCCUACCCCACCCGCUGCAACCACUAAUCUACUUUCUGUCUCUAUGGAUUUGCUUAUGUUCGGGACAUUUCACAUAAAUAGAAUCAUACUCUGGUGUUUUGCAUUCUGGCUUCUUUCACUCAGCAUAAAGAUUUUGAGAUCCAUCAUGUCGGCAGCAUAUUGGAGCUUCAUCUCUUUCCAUGGCUGAAGAGUAUUCCAUUGUGUGGCUGGCUCACAUCUUUUGUGUGUUCAUCCACUGAUGGAUGUUCGGGUUGUCUUCACCUUCUGGACAUCUUGCGUGUUGUCUGCUUCUCAAGCAUGCCAAGUGUGUUCCUACCCCAGGACCUUUGACCCUACUGUUGUUUCCUCUUCCUCCAGCCUCUCCGGUGUAUGGACUUGUGUGGCAUUCUUCCCCCUGCGGACUGUGAGCUCCAGCAGGGCAGGGACAGUUCCUGUUUUGUCUUUUGCUUCAUCCCCAGCAGCUGGCAUGGUGCCCACCGUUGGGGCUCAGCCAGUGUUUGUGGAGUGAAUGAAUGAAUGAAUAGAACGGAGGCAUUGGAGAACGAAACAACCACGAAACUGAGUUAUAGAUGCUGGGAGGGCGGGGCCUGCACCCAUCUUGUGGUCACCUCUCCAUCUGAGAAUCUGGCACAUGAUCCUCAGGCUUGUCAAGGUCUGGAUGGAGCAAGGAUGUUCCUCCACCUGCACCCAGCGGGACUACAGACUGAGGGGAGGAGGGGGGAAGAGUCCCCGCCCAGGGCUCACCUGCUCAAGGAAACAGGAACCGCCUGGGGCCGCGCCCCGCCCCGCUGACGUGCAGACCCUGAACCGAAACCCAGGCUCCUGCAGGCACCAGGCACAGCCAGAGUGAGGGCUUCGGGCCCCCCAGGGGUCUCCCAGGUCACCCUCCACCUCCAGAAGCCAUGACAGAGGACAGAAGGCUGCCCCCACCACUGCCUCCACGACUGGACUGGUUCAUACACACCCAGGUGGACCAGCUGGCCCAGGGAGGUGUCCCAGCCUGGUUCCACGGUGCCAUCUCGAGAGAGGAUGCCGAGAACUUGCUGGAAUCACAACCACUGGGAUCCUUCCUCAUCAGAGUCAGUCACAGCCACGUGGGCUACACCCUCUCUUACAAAGCCCAAAACUGCUGCCGCCACUUCAUGGUGAAACUUUUGGAUGAUGGGAGCUUCGUGAUUCCUGGGGAAGACAGGGUUUAUGCCUCUCUAGAUGCCUUGGUUGCCUUCCAUCAGCAGCAGCCAGUGCGGCCACAUGAGGAUCUGCUGACGCAGCCAUGCCAGCAGAAAGAUCCAGCAAACAUGGAUUAUGAAGAUCUCUUCCUCUACUCCAACGCAUUAACUAAGGAGGCCACCUGGUCCACCUAUGGCCCCAGCAAACAUCAGAAUCCCUCCUGUCCCAUGGCCACACCUGAGGAGGACUCUGCAAAGCCAGUCCUGCUCCAUCGGCCCAAGGAAAGGAAGCCAGCAACAGAGCUAGUCGGGACAUCCACGGAGGAAGCCACUCCUUCCUGCCCCUCAAAAGCUCCUCUUGAGGAGACCCGCCAGAAACUCUGGAGGAACCUCAAGAUGCUCCCCCAGACAGGCAAGAAGGUCCAGCAGCACCUGAAAUCCCACCUAGGGGCGGUGAGCUCAUCAUCACGCUCAGACACCAGGGCUUCGGUGGUGACCCACAGCUCCAGAGCUGGGGCAGGCAACUCAGCCUGGGAAGAGAACAUGUACACAGACCACUUUGAGGCCACGUCCCUCGCUGGCCCCUCACAGCCCCAGCCUCCAAGAGACAGAGGUGAUCCCCCCAGGAAAGCCUUGAGGUCAAUCAGCUGGAGCGAGGCCACCACAAGGGUCAGGAGUUGGCACCAGGAGGUGAUGAGGGCCCUGUCCUCAUCACAGGCAUCCAAACCAGAGCCAAUAGGCUCAAAAGGACCACAGGACUGGCUCCCUGAGGAAUACCACCAACCGCCCCCCUUUGCCCCUGGGUACUGCUAGAGAAGACCUUGGCUCUGGGACCCUCACUUCCGGGGGCUGCUCAUACUGGAACCCACUACCCACUAGCCCUCAGGGGCCUGAGGAAUGUAAUAAAGAUGUUGCGUGGGUCUGGCCCUGCGAUUGCCAGUGGA